AUGUCAUUUCAUAAUUCAAAUAAUUAUCAAAUAUUAAACUACUAUAAAGUGCUAGAAAUAAGCAAAAAUGCAACCCAAGAGGAAAUAAAAACGGCUUACAAAAGACUAGCCCUGGAAUAUCAUCCCGAUAAACAAUCUGGAAAGUUAGAUGCAGAAAAGAAAGCGUCUGAAGAAAAAAUGAAGCAAAUAAAUGCUGCCUAUGAAACCCUAUCUGAUCCUGAAAAAAGAAAAGAAUAUGAUUCGCUUAUCGACAGUAGAGAAAGAAAUAAGUCUGGUAUUCCAACCCCAAUUAAGGUGUUGCUUGCUAUUGGUGCAGUAACAUUAUUGAUUUAUUUGGUUUCUUCAGAAGAAAAUGAAAAAAAAUAA